UCAUCGCCGGUCAUGUCUGACCAGUGACCUCCGUUCUCAAUCCAAGUGAAGUCACAGGUUCGCCGUCUCCCUUGUCAUUUCUUCCCAUGGCCUCCAUCAGCCUCUCUCCUUUGCAAACUUCUCCUUCUCUUCGCGUACUAUCUUCGUAUACUCCUCAAACUGCCCCCAAUCUCUCAUUCUAUUCACACUCUAAGCCUUCCAUCCCCUUUCCUUCCACUUCUUUAAAACCCUACACCCCAAUUAUACCUCGCUCUCGUUCUCGCUCUCGUUCUCGCUCUCUAAUUGUCCCGGCAGCCGUCAAGAAAAUCUCCGAGACGGACUUAGUAGCCGUGCCUUUAACGGCGGAGGAGUUCUCUCAAAAAUUGCCAUCAGAAUCGGGUGUGUAUGCAGUUUACGAUAAGAACGAUGACCUUCAAUUCAUUGGCAUAUCCCGGAACGUUGGGGCUAGCGUUUUCUCUCACCUGAAGUCGGUUCCGGACCUUUGCUCCUCCGUUAAGGUUGGGAUAGUAGAUGAACCGGAUAAAGAGUCACUUACCCAAGCUUGGAAAUCAUGGAUGGAAGAACAUAUAAAAACCACUGGAAAGGUUCCACCAGGCAAUCAAUCAGGGAAUGCUACGUGGAUCAGGCAGCCACCAAAGAAGAAGUCAGAUCUUCGGCUUACACCUGGCCGUCAUGUUCAGCUAACAGUUCCUCUGGAGGAGCUCAUUGGGAAAUUGGUCAAGGAGAGCCAGGUGGUGGCCUUUAUCAAGGGAUCACGAAAUGCCCCAUUAUGUGGAUUCUCUCAAAGGGUAAUUGGCAUUCUUGAAACCCAAGGAAUUGAUUAUGAGAGUGUAGACGUGCUGGAUGAAGAAUAUAAUUAUGGAUUGAGAGAGACGCUGAAGAAGUAUAGCAACUGGCCUACAUUCCCACAAAUUUUUGUCAAUGGAGAAUUGAUAGGAGGAUGUGAUAUAUUGACUUCCAUGCAUGAGAAGGGUGAGCUAGCUGGUUUGUUGAAAAAGUAGGUUCUUGAUUUUAUGAUGCCCAACCCUUCUAAAUGGGUGUAGCAGAGUGAAAUAGGAUGAUGAGGAAGUUGAAGGAAAAAACGAAGUUCAUGAUAUGUUUAUGAUGUGAUUGUGUUGGAACCUUCUUCGAUUUGAAUCAUAAAUAUGAGGAAAUGCCAAUUACUUCUUCA